UUUGCGUAUCCAAAUUCCAAAUAGAACCAUGUAGAACCACUUUGUAGAACUCAUUGGUAGAACUCACUGGUACAACAAUGGAACGGCAGUAACGGUAGUAACCACUUAAUCAACUGGUAAAAACCAAUAACUAUAAUCCCAGGUUGGAACAAUUAGUUGGACCAGUGUGUAUAAAGGAAGCGUAAAGAGAUGAACUGGGAGAAUAGAUUUUCUUCAAUGGUCAAUGAAAGCAUGUUUAAGAUUGACGAAGCUAAGAAAAGACUUGACAAUUUUGGUGUAUCUAAUCCAACCAAUUUUGCUAAUAUCACUUCAUCUUCAGUUCCAUCUCUUAAUGGUUCUCAAAACGCACAACAGUCAAUGCUGAGAAACACUAAUCACUUUGAUAUACCCGAAUACAGUGAUCUGGGUGAUCCUGUCAUCAACUCAUCAGAUAAUCACGGCAAUCCCUCAAGAUCCUUACUUCAUGUUUUGUAUGAAAAAAUUGAAAAACAGAACCAGGCAUUUCAAUUUCUUUCGUCAAAAUUUGCAAUCAUGGAAAGACAACUGAAUAAUCAACAAAAAGAAAUGAUUCAACUGAAAGAUCAACUUUCCACACUUAUUGAAAGAAUAGAAGAUAACAAUCCCAAAAUAAGCAAUGAAUAUUUUGAAAAGUUCAAAGAAGAUGUUCAUAGUGAAUUGAAUAAGAUUAAAUCUGGUAUACCAGAAGCAAGGAAUAAUUAUGAAUUUUCUAAAUAUCCACUGGAACGAAGAUUUACUGUAAACUCAUCAAAAGAACUUCUUGAUUCUAUAGAAGAAAUUAAGUCAAGAUUAGGUAAAAUUGAGUUGAAUGUAUCAAAAAGUCAGGUCAAUGAUGAACGUAACUGUAAAGUCAUUGAAAAGAAUGCAAGUGUAUUAGCAGAUUGGAGAUCAGAAAAUAUGGAGUCAAUGAAUCAUCUUAGCAAGCUUCAAGAUUUGUCCAUUGAUGAGGUUAAACAUUUAAGAUCGAGAUUUUACAAUGUUCAAGAUAAAAUACAUGAACUUGAGCAAAAUAGGAAUGAUGCAAGUAUAAACUAUGUGUUUUCCAGAAGAGAAGAUCAAAAACAUGAAUUAGAUGAGAAUUCUGAUGAAAAUACACAAAUAUUGUACAAUGAAAGUGAAAACACUUCACUUUCAAGUGAUGACGAUGUUCUUAACUGUUCUUCUGUCAAUUUGGAUUCAAGUGAUGAUGAUUUUCUUCAUGAAAUUGAUGAUCUCAGUUUAGAGAGUGAAUCAAAAAGAAAAAACUCUUACCAAAACUUGAUGUCAGAUUCAUCAAGUUCAUAUGAAAACUCUUCAAAAGAAUCUUUUAGUGAGAUUUAUAAUAAGUAUAAUUAAAUUAUUUGUGUAAAUAUAUAUUGUUGAUCUUUUUACAUCUCGUUAAAUAAACCUGCCAAGCAAGUAA